GUAUGUCAACUCUGCUGCUGAGCGGCAAGGAGGUACAGCUAUGAGAAAGUCUUUUCACUAUGCUUCCUUGAGGGUAAAGAGCAAAAAAUGGCCCAAAGGCGGUUCUCUGAACAACAGCAGCCGACGGCGGAUUUCCUGUAAAGAUUUGGGUCACGGUGACUGUGAGGGUUGGUUGUGGAAGAAGAAGGAUGCCAAAGGUUACUUCACUCAGAAGUGGAAAAAAUAUUGGUUCGUCCUGAAGGAUUCCUCCCUCUACUGGUACACUAACCAAAAUGAUGAAAAAGCAGAAGGAUUCAUCAGUUUACCAGAGUUCAGAAUAGACAGAGCAAUUGAAUGCAGAAGGAAACAAUGGAUGAACCGUCUAGGCCUGGCUGCCAUUGGUUACACACCUGAUGACAAGGAUAUUCGGCCAGAUGAAGCAGAUUAUUGGAGUGAAAGUGACCAGGAAGACACUGACAACUCAUUAAUGCUGAAGCAAGAAGGACCCAUCGUGCUUUGUGACUCCUACCACCGGACUCCCUCCAUGAAUUCGUCAAGUCCAUUCCCUGAGCCCAAACACGGCCGACACUUCUCCAGUGAAUCAACCUAUUCCCAUUCUUCUGCAGAAGAAUCCCGUCAGGAUCCAGCAGGGAACACACACUCUGCAGGAGGUUCUAGACCCCCCUACAGAGAACGGCGUUCGUGGCAGGAUCUUAUAGAGACGCCACUGACCAGUUCAGGACUCCAUUUUCUCCAGACUGUUCCUACUGACUCAGACUAUGUGAAUGAGAGAUUUGGGGUGUCGCCGGAGAGGCGGCGACAAGCCACCUUACCCGUCCAGAGACGCCACAACCACGAUCAGGAUGGUCCUUUCCCAUUGGUCGAGUGCUACAAAGGUCAGAAUUCUCACUCUAGGCCCCAGAAGCAAAGAAGUCAAAGCCUUCCACGCAAUCGAGACGUCCGAAUCAAAGGGCGAGUAAAAACGAGUGGGAUCACUGAAGAGCGGUUGGAAGAGGAAUUGGCUAUUAAAAAGCCGAGUAAUUUGUGUGAAGAUGAAAAAGUAGAAGAACGAAGGAAGAGCACAGAUGGCCUUCAUGAACUCUACAAGACUUUGGAGCAAGCCAGUUUGUCAGCCUUUGGAGAGCAACGUCCUUCCACCAAGCAAGAAUUCCGGAGGUCCUUCGUAAAGAGAUGCAAUGACCCUGUCAUCAAUGAAAAGUUGCAUCGCAUCAGAGUACUGAAGAGUACUUUAAAAGCCAAGGAAGGAGAUCUGGCCCUGAUCAACAACUUGCUCCACGAACCUAACUUGACGUCCAAGAAAUUCAAAGAAUGGAAAACAAAGAACUAUGAGUUUUUUCUGGACAUUUGUGAGUACAGCGGUGCUUUGAAAGCCCAGAACGGAGCUUCUGAACUCACCAUUACGGCCUCUCUGCUCACACACACACAUUCCUUCAUCGAAACCCACGUCUGACCACAUGAGGGAUUGUCCGACGAGGGCGAAGAACCACCGGGAAGGGGGGGGGAACGAUCCCUUGUGACAAAACACUGUAACCCGUGUCAAAAUAAUGUAUCCAGCUAUAUUGUAAAUAGAUUGGAUAAGAAUUUAGUACCAUCGGAUGCCUACUGCAUUGCAUGACAAGACAGACUUCUUUGAUUUAUUUUAUUCCCCUUUUCUGGAAUUAUUUCAGGUUGUUUUCCAAUUCUGCUUUAGUAAGAAGCGGUGUAGAAGGACGAAC